AUGGCCAUAAUCCGAGUAGCUGUGGCCGGGACCUGUGCUUUAGCACUUCUAAUUGCACAAGAGAUACAAGAGUCGACCAGCCACUCCGUUAUCAUCCUAUCGAGAACACACCAGACGGUCCUGAUAUCGCAAGGCUACCAGUGCCAGGUCGUCGACUACAAAAGUAAUUCAUGUCUCCAGCACGCCUUAAUGGGAGUGGACACCGUCAUAUCGACAGUGACCGGCAAGCCUCAGCUACGGCUUAUCGAAGCGGCCGUUCAAUGUCGCGUCCGCCGCUUCGCUCCAGCCGAGUUUGAAGGACAACCAGGACAACGCGUGCCAAACAGCAUCCUGGAUCGUGGCAAGAGCUCGGCGCUCACACGCCUCCACCACUACGCUGCCUACAUCCAGUCAACUGCUUUUGUAUGCGGCAUAUUUUACGAACGCUUUGCUGUGGGUGGUCUGCGAGCGCAGCAGAUGGGCGCGAAUGGCGCAAGUGGUGAGGGAGACUUCAUUGCGGACAUUCGCAAUAUGACUGCGGUCGCACCGGUAUAUGAUGCUGCGGGCAACCUAUCGUACGUAUGCUUAACAUCGAUCUUCGACGCCGCCAAGUUCGUAGUCCGCGCCUUGGACAUCCCGCAGUGGCCGGCAGAAAUGUCUAUGUGCGGUGAGAGAAUGAGCGUGCAUGCUCUCAUCGAGCUCAUCAAGACAUGCAGAGGUCGUCCUCUGCACCCCAUUGAUUGGCAAAACCCUGCAGGUCUACAGUAUCAACUCAGUGUUGCGGCGGCGAGUCACGAUGUUACGCAGCAGCAACGCGUUGCAGCGCACCUGGCAACGGCUGAAGGACGUUACGACUUUGUCACGCCUGGUUAUCUGAACACCAUGUACCCGGACAUACCCAUUACCUCUUUUCAGGCCUGGCUCUCGCAUUCUUGGGCUGCUGUGCCCUGA